UGCACCGAUCCCUCUGAUCAGCCCCGAAGGCAAACCCCAGAGCAUCCGACGUAGAUGAAAGCAAAGAGAGGCACUAAAACUUCAGCCAUGUCCACAUCCUUGAGAGUGAGCCCCUCGGUCCACGGCUACCGCUUCGACACAGCCCUGCGCAAGAAAGCUGUGGCCAAUAUCUUCGAAAGCAUCAAUGAAGAAUCUCUUCAGAAACUCUUCAAAAACUCCGGAGACAAGAAGGCGGAGGAAAGAGCCAAGAUAAUCCUCGCCACCGAUCAGGACUUGGAGGAGAAAACGAGAGCGCUGAUGGCUUUGAAGCAAAGGAGGAAAGACAAACUUCUCCAGUUCCUGAAAUUUCGGAAAUAUUCCAUCAAAAUUCACUGAACUAUCAAAAGGAACAGCAAUGGAAGAGAAUAUUUCAGAACCAGACUGUUGGCGACAUUCUGCUGAACGUGGCAUUUCCCACUGCCUUGCAAGCUGCUGGCGGGACGGACGGACCUGACAGACCGGCCAAGAGACUUCACCCCGGAGCGCACGCAGCCACGCUGCAGCCGGGGGC